GACGGAUUUCUUGAAGCCAGCCAAGACAAAACCCAUCCACAACCAACCACCUACUGCUCGAAAAGAGUCAAGACUGCAGCCUUCAGGACCAAAGAUGUCUCUAGCCACCAAGGAGGAAGACUCCAAGUCAAUUCAGAACAACGGACAACCGAAAUCAUUCGAAUCGAAUUUGCGCACUCAUCUUGGCUUGUUAUCCAAGGCCGUCGAGUUAUCUGAACCCAGAUUUACUUACCGAGUUCUUAGAUGUUUGACGGCAACAAAGAAGAAAUUUCAGUCACCUGAUUCCAAUCAAGCUGAGGCGACGUUAAAGCUUAUCAUCGACGUAGGAUUGCCUUCUAACUCCAAAAUCAAGCCUUUGUUGUUACCGCAUCUGCAAUCCAUCACGCAAGCCGAAUCUAGCGAUAUGCAAAUUGAUCCGAUCUCCACCACCACCACGAAUGCCAAGCCAUCCACUGCCCCCAAUGGAACCGCCAAACCUUCGAAAGACUCUCCACCUCUACCCGAUCCUUCGUCGCAAGCCGAGCACGAAACCUAUUUAUCACUACUGGUCUUGAUCUUUUUGAUCUCACGAGGUGCACCCAAUCGAUCUGGAUUCGAGUUAUCCCAUCGCUUGGUAACCGAUUUCUUACCGCAUCAUAACCGACGAUCACUCGAUCCGUUGGCGGCCAAGAUAUGGUUCUACCAUGCUCGAUUUGCCGAGUUGCUCCAGCAGGAUGGUAGUCACCCUGGUCUCUGGGCGAACCUCAGAUCGAGCUUGAUGUCUGCCCAUCGUACUGCUCGCUUGAGACGCGAUGAGGAUAGCGAGGCUACCCUCUUGAACUUGAUCGUCCGUAAUUUGUUGGCCCAUGAGUUAUGGGAACAAGCCGAUCGAUUGGUCAGUAAGACCGAGUUCCCUGACUUUGGAAAGACCGAAGCAAGCGUGGGUGCUGGUGGGAUGGUACCUACUGGUCAAGUGGCUCGUUGGCUUUACUAUCUAGGUCGUAUUCGAACGAUUCAAUUAAAUUACACAGAGGCCCACACCCAUCUUCAGCAAGCAAUCCGAAGAGCUCCGCCGGCCCAAAUCGCCCCUGGGUUCUGGCAAACCACUCACAAGUUGUUUGUUGUUGUGGAACUUUUGAUGGGCGACAUACCCGACCGAGCCCUGUUCAGAGGGCCAGUAUUGAAGAAAUGUCUUCAACCGUAUUUCGAAAUCGUCCAAGCUGUACGAGUGGGUGAUAUCACCAAAUUUGAACAGGCCUUGAGUACUCAUUCGAGCCGAUUUUUGACGGAUGCGACCUACACAUUAAUCUUGAGACUACGACAUAACGUCAUCAAGACCGCGUUACGAACGAUUUCAUUAGCUUACUCGAGGAUCAAGUUGAAAGACGUCAGUUUGAAGUUGAAGCUCGACAGUGAGGAAGAUGCCGAGUAUGUGGUGGCCAAGGCAAUCAGGGAUGGGGUCAUCGAGGCUAGAUUGGACCGAUCGGGUGGAUGGAUGGUCAGCAAGGAAGUCAAUGACAUUUACUCCACUAGUGAACCUCAAGAAGCGUUCCACCAAAGAAUCUCGUUCUGUUUGAAAUUACACAACGAAAGCUUGGAGGCGAUGCGGUUUCCGUUGAACCAACAUUCGAAAGAGCUGGCUUCUGCCGAAGCAGCUCGAGAAAGAGAAAGAGAGUUGGCCUCCGAAAUCUUAACCGGAGACGAUAAUGAUGGCGACGACGAUGAUCUUGGGGAUGCCUUCUGAGCAUCUCCAUCCCUUUACACUCAGAUAAAUUCUCUCCUUGACACUCUUUUCUGUUUCCUUCCCAGAACUAAAAAAAAAAAAUCAUAAAAAAUGGUUGGAUCUAUUGUCAAUUCCAAUUAAUCAACUUGUUUUCAUGUUUUUAUCUCUGUCUCUGCUCUUUUUCUUAUGAUUAAUGAAUGUUUUUUUUCGUUUCUCUGUGUGCCUUGGGCUCUCUUUACCGGCAAUUUUAUCUGCAAGAAGUA